GUCCCUUGGAGAUGAAGCUCACGCCAGAUCCGAGAAUCCCCCGGCCGUGCGGCUAGAGAAGCGGUCCGCGGCGCGGGGCUGGGGCGAGCGGCGGCCAGCCGAGGUCUCCGGGUGCAGGGGGGGGGGCGCGGAUGUCUGGAGAGCCGCCGCAGGCAUGGAGCCCCCCAGCCGCCCCGUCAAGCAGGAGCCCCGCGACCCAGGAGAGUCCCCAUUCCUGGGAGAGGCAGCUGAUUCUCAGAACGGUGCUGAGCUGAGCGCAGGCAGUCCCUUCCGUCCCGCUGGGAAUGGCUUGCUGCGAGGAUCCUCCAAAGAUCCGGCUCUCCUUCUUUCUGGAGGGCGGAAGUACUCGGACCAUUGCGAAGAACGGGCCUCGAGGCCCGGCAAGAGCCGCAUCCCCGGGCGGGACCAUCGCCGCUACUACCACGAGCACUGGAGGGCCGAGUACCUGAUGGAUUUCAAUGCCGCCCGGCACGGCAUGAUCUGUAUGGUUUGCGGCAGCUCCCUGGCCACGCUCAAGCUCAGCACCAUCAAAAGACACAUCCGGCAGAAGCACCCGUAUUCCCUGGCCUGGAGUGCCCGCGAGAAGGAGGUCAUCAUGAACAGCUGGGAUGCCCACUUGGGGCUGGAGGCAGAGACAGACGGAGCCAGAGAUCCUACCAGUGGAUCCGGUGGCCAGCAAGGGGGCCGAGGAGAAUUACCGUUGGGUGUAGGUCGCAGGAGGCGGCGUGGUCCGGGCCCCCUUUCUUCUCACGGGGCCUGUCGAUCUUCUGGCUUGGCCUUGAAAGGCACUUCUGUGGGGGAGACCCGGAACCUGGAGCGGUACCUGAAGGAAUCCCUGCAGAGCUGGUUCCAGUCCGAAUUCCUCAUGGACUACGAUCCGCAGGGCAACCGUCUCUUCUGUAUGAUGUGCGGCUCCUCCUUGCCCAGUCUCAACUUGGACGACAUUAAGCGGCACGUGAUGGAGGCUCACCCGAGUUCGCUCGGCUUCAGCCCCGCUGAGAAAGCCACGAUUCUUGAGGCGUGGAACUCUCAUGUGCCAGCACUGGACGCUGAGGGCACAAGAGGAGAGGAAGCCGCCAUGGAGUCUGAAGCUGAAGCAACCCCACAGGACCUGAGCGUGAAGGAAGCGGAUCCGUCUCUGUCUCCUGACCACCCCGCUGGCGAGGAAGGGUCUGAAGAGGCCGGUCCCUGGGACACGGAAGGGAGCAGCCCACCCGUCCCACCCCGUGGCAGGGACCACCGGCGCUACUUCCAAGAGCACUGGCGGGUGGAGUAUCUGAUGGACUACAAUGGUUUGCGCCACGGGCUGGUCUGCAUGGUUUGCGGUAGUGCCCUGGCCACCCUCAAGAUGAGCACCAUCAAGCGCCACAUCCAGCAGAAGCACCCGGACUCCAUGCGGCUCAGCCACCAGGUCAAGGCCCUCAUUGUGCAGGAGUGGAACCGGAAAGCGUCCCGUCUGGCAGAUGCGGAAGACUCCCUGCCGGAAAGGGAUGCUGAGCUAGACAAAGCUGCCCUCAAGAUGCCAUUGUCCCCAAAGGCGUCCCCGGAGGAUGGAGCAACGGCUGCAGGAGACGAAGAGGAGGAAGAGGAGGAGGAAUCGGGAAGAGCGAGACUGGCUCAUUCGCAACAACCCAUGGAAGCUCUCUCUCCACCAACCAGUACCCCAUCCCGCCGGGGGCAGCGUCGGAACUACCAGCCCCGCUGGCGUGUGGAGUACUUGAUGGACUACGACGAGCAGCGGCACGGGCUGAUCUGCAUGGUUUGUGGAGGCACGCUGGCUACUCUAAAGGUCAGCACCAUCAAACGGCACAUCCUUCAGGUCCAUCGUUUCUCACUGGAGUACACGGCCCUGGAAAAACAAACGAUCCUCGAAGCUUAUGCUGAAAAUGACCAGGCCCUGAAUCCUGGCCAGCUAGGCCCCCGGCCUGAACCCGGUCUUGACUCUGAGAACCAGGACGUCAAGCCGAAUAUCAAAGGAUCGGGGAAAAUGGGAUUUGGUUACAAUCGGCCUGUGUGUACGGCGUAGCCGCAAACUGUCGCCACCUUGCAGUGGAAGCUUUGCUGAACAAGUAGCAGGGCUGUCUCCCUUCCCCACCUCCACCCCUUGUCAUGAACUCGAGAGGGGCCCCUGCAGUUCUAUAUUUCAAAAGCUGGGCAGCUGGAUCAAGUGGUGCAGAAGCCAGGAACAGUUUUGUGUUUUUGUUUUUGCAAAAUGUGGGUUUAAUUUGCAUAUUCUGUUCCAAUUAUAACAAAUUUAGGGAGGAAGUUAGAAAUUGUUUGCUUGCCCCAAGAAUUGGGGGGGGGGUACAGGAAAAGGGAGCUGUUAAGAGUGAUGAAGUCAUAUCAGUCCAAGGUGGUCCUGAAUGAUUUUUUGGCGGGGGGGACCAUCAAAAAACACUCAACAUAUGGUGACCCGGUACAGUUUCCAAGGCAAGAAAGGUUCAGAGAUGGUCUGCCAUCACCUGCCUCUGCCUAGCAACCCUAGACUUCCUUGGUGGUUUCCCCAACGAAGGGUGACCCAGCUUAGUUUCUGAGAUCUGACAAGAUUAGGCUAGCCUGGACUAGCCACCUCAGUGUAGGUACUGGUUAGUCCAACAAAAACAGAAGGGCUUGUGACGGCGGCCCAAAAUGUCCAAGGUUCAAUCUCUAGCAUCUCCCAUUAAAAUGUCAGCCAAUGUGUGACGUGAAAGACCUCCCAGUACUGCUCCUUGAUAGAUGAAUGGCCUGGUCUGGUAUAUGGGUACAAUGGUAGCCAGACUGGGGAUUCCUGGGUGAACCACCAUUGCAUUUGCACACAGAGAUCCCCUGCACUGCAACCUGACUUUGAUCAAACAUGGCCUACUCUUAUGGUAGGUUUUAGCCCCUUGGCUGCUGUAUGAAGGGGUAUACUCUCUUUAUCCUUAUGGCAAGCUGUAUGCUUGCAUCUAAACAACAGAUUCCCUCACCUCAAUUGAGAAGAAUUCCCCUUCUCUAGAAGCUACCUUCUAGAAUACUAUACCAACCAUCCAAUUCUUGUACAUAGGGCCAGUGGGAAUUCUCUUGCUCUGUGUGAGAAUCGACAGAGCAACGUGAAUGGAUAUUUAUCAACUCAUUUGAACAGGAGCACCUGGCCAAAGGCCCCAGCCAGCAGCCCAAGAGACUGCCUGGAAAGAUAGGAAAGGAGAACCUUGUCCUCGUGGUUGCUCACAGAAUCCUUGUUCUAGGUAAGAGUUUAAA